UAAAAGACAGUAACUUGGUACAUUGGGUUUUAUAUAAUAGAAGAAAAUUGUUCCUUUUUAUACUGAAAGAUGCUACUUCCCAGACUUAUGAACAAAUUUUGUAUUUUUUAUUUAAAUUCAUUAUGUAUUAAUCACCUUGGAUAAUUUUCAGUUAUCAGAUUCUAAACUUUGUCAUCCUUGUGAGGUCAUGUGUAAGCUUCUGUGAGUGUUCUCAGUUCAUGCCAAGGAAUGGUUAUAAUAGGCCACACCCACUUCCUUCCCAUUCCUCUCCAGUUCACCAAGAAACAGUGUUGUUAUCCUUAGCCAAAGCAUUGCAGUAUUUUAGGCAACUGCUCAGAUUUAAUGACAAAUUCACAUUAAAGUCUUUAUUUUCUAUUUAUGCAGACAUUGCUUCAGAGUGAUAUAUGGAUAAUGAUUGAUAUUUGGAUUUGUAGAAUGAUUUGCAAGUGAAUCAGUUUAUUUAUCUGGAGCAUUAAGAUGACCAUUCACCUCUUACUGCUGAUGUAUAAAGUACAUGGAGAUUGGCUCGCAAGCCCCCUACACAAUUUUAUGGCACAGUAGUUUAGCACAGAAGCAGCUUUAGAAGAAUCUGCUAUUUCAGAAUGAGAUAUCCCAUUGAAUCCCUGCAACCAAACAAUCGCUAUUCUUUUCUCUAGUACAUACUCAAUUUUGAAGUUGGUCUGAUUCCUAUUCCUGCUUUUAAAAGCUUAGUGAAUUUUUAAAUUAACCGUGUUCUGGGCACUGAAAUUAAAAGUUUUGGCACAAGCGAAGGUUGAACAAAUGUAUAAUGAAGUACACAGGGAUCUACAUGUUGAAGCAAUCACUUGUUUAACCAGAAAGCAUCAAGGUCAGAAGAUAGACAUUACAACAUUCUACUACAAGUACAUGCUUAAAGGUAUACUCACUCCCAUUAACUCUCCUAGCUUAUAUGAUGGUUACCUUUACAACUAUACCAGUAGUUGAGCAGCUUAGGAAAGUGUUAGAUCUCUAUAGACUCUCCAGGUUCCUUGUUUCCAAGCAUGUGUAUUGGUAUAGUAGUUCAGGAGUGUGAAGUUGGAACAUCUACGAGUGCACAUGGAGUUGACGUAAAACUUACAAAACUAAGGACUAUUUAAUUUGUGUGUUCUGUUUAUUAUGACUAUUUUUUAAAUAUGAAAAUUUGUGUGAUGAACAAAAAUGCUACAGUGAAGCAGAAUUGAAGACAAUGACAUUGAGUGCAGAACAGUUGUCUGUGAGGAAACAUCUUAUAGUCAUGACACUAUGGAUAUGAUACCAUGUGACUGGUGGCAGCUGAUUGAACGUUUUGCGGUUCCUGGAGAUUGACAGGCGCUUACAGUCAUACUGGUCUUUGGUUCUUGUGGGAUGGGAAAUCGACUGUCGGCAGUAGGAGACACCAGGAUACUGUGGGUUGGUGGUGAUUAUGGGCCGAGUUCUAAACCCCAAUUUCGAAAUAACAGAAUUGUCACAUCUAAGUACACAAUUUGGAGCUUCUUGCCAAAAAAUCUCUUCGAGCAAUUUAGAAGAAUAGCAAAUUUCUACUUCUUAUGCAUGACUGUUAUUUCAUUGACAAUUGAAAGCCCUGUGGAGCCACUAACCAGUGUUCUUCCUCUUAUGUUCGUAAUUGCUGUAACAGCUUUAAAGCAAAGCUAUGAAGACUGGUUACGACACCGCUCAGAUAAUGAAGUUAACUGCGCUCUGGUUACUGUCAUAAGAAAAGGAAUUGUACAGGACAUCAAGGCUAAAGAUGUGCAUGUAGGUGAUCUGGUAAGAAUAAUGAGUGAUGCUGAUGUUCCAUGUGACCUUGUCCUACUUUCAUCCAGUAACAGUGAUGGUCGUUGCUAUGUCACCACUGCUAACCUGGAUGGAGAAACCAACCUUAAGACUCUGGUGUGUCCAAGAAUCUUACGUAAUUUAUCACAACCAGGGCAACUGACCCGACUGAAAGCUCAGAUUGAAUGUGAACAGCCCACUCCAGACUUGUACAAAUUUUUUGGGAAAAUUGAAAUAUUUCCCAAUGAAGCAAACACAUGGGAUGCAAAUUCACCAUUAGAACAUACCAGUAUUAAGAGUGUAAGAUCUUCCCAGCAUGCUUAUGACUUUGAUGGUAUAGCAUUGCAGACUAUGAGUGCUAGCAGUGCUGACAUUACUUUGCAACAGUACUGUAUUGAUAAUGACAUAACUUUGAGAAGAGCCAGUAUUCUGGAUGGUAAUGUACCUACAAAUCACAACAGGGACUCAUCUUCACAUAGAACUAGAAUGGACAGAGGUAUACACUUACAGUGCAUAAAUAGUGUUCCUUUAGAUGUAACUAGUUUUAUCAAUGAGCAUGCGGCUGUGAACCAAAGAAGUUCUGUUGGAGGAGCUGCAGCUCGGAAAACAACACAAGAAGGCUGUGAUGAAAUUCAAAAUGUUGAAUGUAUAGUUGAUGCUGUUGUAGCUGAUCCAGACUUAAGCAAGAGUAAUAUUAACAGAAAUGGACCUAGUUUUAAAGAACAAGCUUCGAAAAGCUCUUUGAUUACCGGGGAUGUCAAUUUUAUUCAAACAGAAGCUGACGAAGCUACAUCAUCACAAACAUGUGGCAGUAAUGUUAAUUCAGUUAUGCUAAGAGAAACUGUUAAAAGAAGCAUAGUAUCAAAGCAAGAAAGUGUUCUAGAAACAAGGCUCGGUGCAGGACAGUUUGAUUCUGAAUUUCAAGACACAAACUCUUCACCACUUGGAACAGAGAACUUACUCCUUAGGGGUGCCCGGCUCAAGAACACAGAGUUUGUUAUUGGCUGUGCAGUUUACACAGGACAAGAAACAAAACUUGCUCUCAACUCCAAGCUGACUAGCAACAAAUUUUCUACUGUUGAAAAGUCAAUUAAUAGCUUCCUGUUAUUCUUCCUUGGCCUGUUGCUCACUGAAGUAGCUGUUUCUCUUGCCUUUAAAUAUGCAGUAGAAAUUGAUGGUAAGUACAGCACAGAAUCAUACCUAGGAGAAAAAAAUGAUAUUAAUGUUUCAGCAGUUCUACAGGAUUUGUUUUCGUUUGUUAUUAUUUACAACUAUAUCAUUCCUAUUUCUCUGUAUGUUACUAUUGAAACACAGAAAUUUAUUGGCUCGUUAUUUUUAACGUGGGAUAUAGAGCUAUAUUGUGAAAAGACAAACCAACCUGCAAUUUGCAACACUUCAGAUUUGAAUGAAGAAUUAGGACAGGUAGAAUACCUGUUCACUGAUAAGACAGGUACUCUCACAGAAAACACCAUGUGGUUCAGGCGAUGUUCUAUUGCUGGUAUCCCUUAUUUGGAGGACAGAGGAAAAAUGUUCCAACUUUUGGCAGAUGGUGAUGAAAGGAACAGCAUAAUUCUGGAUACAUUCACUCCUGAGAUGGAGCAUUUUCUGUUGGCUCUAGCACUGUGUCACUCAGUACAAGUUGGCAUUGGUAAAGGACACACAAACAAUAACACUAAUGCUAAUCCAAUUGCAAGCCUGGAUUAUCAGGCCUCUAGUCCAGAUGAAAAGGCCUUAGUUGAAGCCAGUGCAAGGUGUGGUGUGGUGUUCCUAGGAGAGGAAGGAGAUUCUAUGUCUGUGAUGAUGAAGGGUAGAGUGUGUCAUUACAGGAAACUAAACACUCUUGAGUUCACUUCUGAUCGCAAGAGGAUGUCAGUUGUUGUACAGGAUGAAGAUGGACAAAUAUGGUUGUACUGUAAAGGAGCAGAAUCUUCUGUCAUUCCUUUGACAGAUGCAGGACCUGUUAAUGAUACAUUGCAGCAUAUUGCAGAUUUUGCUAUGAGAGGCUUGCGGACACUUAUAGUAUGCUACAAGAAGUUAAGUGUGAAGGAAUAUAGCAAAUUGGCAGCUCAAGUAGAACAAUCAAGACAGACUCUGUCAUCACAGAGGGUAUCAAUAAUUGCAGCAAGCUAUGACAAAAUGGAGUCCAGUCUUACAUUGCUUGGUGCCACUGGUGUGGAGGAUCAAUUACAGGAGGGCGUGCAGGAAACCUUGGAGAGUCUGAGAGCUGCUGGAAUCAAAGUAUGGAUCCUGACUGGAGAUAAAGUGGAGACUGCUGUCAACAUCUCAUUCUCUUGUGGACACUUGAAGCCUGGGGCUCAACAGCUGUACCUUACAGGACACAAGUCAAAAGAGAGCUGCCUCCAGACACUGCAAAUUCAUAGGAAUCAGGUGUCUAGGGAACGUUUGGAACACUAUGGGUUGGUGGUGGAUGGACAGAGCCUUUACUUUGCACUCAACACAUCAGACAAUCAUCUUGAAGCAUUCCAAGACAUAUGCAGAGCCUGUACAGCUGUCAUAUGCUGUCGCAUGUCUCCUCUUCAAAAAUGUCAGGUAGUUCAACUAGUCAAGGGGUUUCCAGAAAAGCCCAUUACCGCUGCUAUUGGAGAUGGUGCCAAUGAUGUAUCCAUGAUUCAAGAAGCCCAUGUGGGUCUUGGCAUUAUGGGAAAAGAGGGUCGGCAAGCUGUACGGAGCUCGGACUUCGCUUUUGCACGGUUCAAGUUUCUGCGCCGUAUUCUCUUUGUCCAUGGUCACUGGUAUUACAUCCGGGUGGCAACUCUAGUCCAGUAUUUCUUUUAUAAAAAUAUAGUAUUCAUCACUCCACAGGUAUAUUAUGCCUUCAGCAAUGGGUUCUCUACACAGCCUCUGUAUGAUACCAUGUUUCUCACAUGCUACAAUGUACUGUUUACAUCACUGCCAAUUCUUAUCUAUGGAUUGUUUGAGCAAAAUCAUCCUGCACAAACCUUACUGGAUUAUCCACAAGUGUAUAAGAAUAUAAGACGCAAUGUUCUCAUGUCUUGGUCCUCUUUCUUCCAGUGGAUAACAUUUGGAGUGUGGCACUCUGUUGUACUGUACUUUGUACCUUACUUCAUGCUUCUUGACAAUCCAGUUGUUUUCUUUAGUAAUACACCCAUGGAAAUGAUAGCAUUUGGAACAUUCAUAUUUCAUUGUGUGGUGUGUGUAGCUAACCUGAAGCUUGUAUUAAAAAGUCAUUAUUGGACGUGGCUCUUUUUGGGAUCAGCAUUACUAGUCACCAUAUGUGGAUUCAUACUGGUCACUGCCAUUUAUUCCAUCGUAACAACUACUUCAAUGGCUUAUGUCUACCCUGUUCUUCUUGGCUCAUGCACUUUCUGGUUACUCUCACUUAUUCUCAUGCUGGCUUGUCUGGUUCCUGACUGUAUAUUCAGUGUACUACAAAACUAUACCCCUGCAGCUUAUGCAAAACUUCAAAAGAGCUGGAAAGGUUUUGGCAAGAAGAAAUAUAACCAUUACAGCUUGAACAGAUCAGAUGUUCAGAGAUCAUCUAGUAGGCAUGAAUCUGUCAGUUUCAACAGCCUAAAUGUUCAGAGACUGUCCUGCAGCUGAUAGGCAGGAAUGUGGUGUUUCAUUGUAUCCAGCAGGCACCUCUCUUGAGAAUACUGACAGAGUGUAUCCCUAUGGACAGAGCAUCAGGAUGAUUAUCAACCAGUGUCUUUCCACGGAAUCUACAGAAUUACAGUAACACUACCAGUGCAACAAAUUGGCAUGACCAGCUAACAGUUGAUUUAUGAUGCAGUGUGCUAUUCCUGAUCUCACAGUUUGGAUCUCUGAGACCAAACAUCGCUUUACAUUAUCAAGGCUUAAAGAAUCACCACAAAUUUCAAGCACUGAAUUUCAUCAGAAAAGCACAAAAGAUAGGGAAGAUUGGCAAUUAUACCACUGCCUUCCUAGUUGGUCAGCUGCUGUGAUAGAUCAUAUAGUGAAGUUUACUUAUCUACCUUACAAAAGAUUCUAAAAACAUUGUCUCAGAUACAUUUUCCACACCUUCUGAACAGAUUCUGGUUCACACUGUAGUUGUCAUCUGGCAACACAAGGCACAUCAAGAUGAAUGAGUACUAUUUUUGUGUGUGGAUUGGUUCAGUAGACUAUAGUUUUUAAAUAUCACUGAAUAAAGAUACUGCGGCUGGCUACUGAAUCACAUGGCUGUAGUGACUGCACAGCUGUUGUCUUGUCAGGCUGUAGCUUUAAUAAUUUUGUAAUAGUUCUUGAGGCCCCUCUUGAUACUUUUGUCCCUUGUUCAGUGUGUUUUAAGAGAUUUACAAGGCAAUUGUUCAAGCUGAGCUCCAAUAUCAUCCAACUUUUCUUCUGUUAAUAUUCAAUGCUGAUGUUUUGGUUUCCUGUCUAUUCACAUACCAGUCAUUCUUACCUUGUUGACAAGAUUAUUAACAGAGUUUCUGUUGGGAACUGAAACCAUGGGAAAUAUUCUUCCAAAUCUUCUACGACAUUUCCUAGCAAGUUACACUUCACAUAGUUUGAACAUUCAUCUCAGCAAUAUGUUAUUCAUCAAAGCUACAUGCUGUGAUAUUAAGCAAGUCUAGUGAAGAAAAAGUAUUAUAUUUAGAAAACCUUAUAAACUUGUACUUCUACUUAAAUCUGUAUUUUCAGUAUGUGCUGCACAAAGAUUAGGUUUAAUAUUAACAUUCACAUAUGAGUACCUGAUGGAUAUAUUGAAAAAUACUUUCCAGUGAAGUAGUGUUUUUGUGAAUGUAGAUGUUAUGAAAUAAAAGGCAAACCUAAACUGUUAAGAAGACUAGUAAAAGAGAGAUAUUAAAAUUGAUUACACUUGAUGACUCACAGGACAACAUACAACUUUACAAAAAUUAUAAAGAAGGGAACUCCAAUGAAAGUCUAUAAUUGAAACCAAAGAUGGUUAAAGUAUAACAAACUAUAAUAUAAAGCAUUAUUACUGAACUUAAAAGUUUAGAAAAUUAUUUGUAUCUUAUAAUGAAAUGUUAUAAAUAACCCUGACAUAAAAGUUAUGUGUGUGUAUACAAUUAAUCUUCUCAGUUAUAAUAUAUUAAUUUCUUGUCUGUGUUAA